CCUUCCACCGGGAUUUUAUUGAAAAGGUCACAAAAGAAGAGAAGUAGGCGUGUCUUAAAAUUCCCUGUCACAAUCCCUCCCCUCCUCCUCACACAGUAAUUCACAUCACCAUCGAAUGUGUUUAUCCGUAGUGAAAGGUCGUAUCUCAAAUGAUGAUACGGAGUAAAUCAAGUCCCGCGAAACGUCAGAUUACUGUGGAAAACGAACAAUGGUGGACAUUAUCAUGACAAAAAUAAAUAUCGAGAUAUUAAUCCUAUAUUACGUCACGUUGGAGGUUAGCCACAGUCCAGCAAAGUGCUAACAUAACAAUGGAGAGGUAUAUGUAUUUGUGGAAAGGUCCUGAGAAGAUAUCAUAUACUUUCGGUGAUCAACCCAGUGGUCUGAUCUGCAGAUUGGCAACUGUCAAGGAUCAUGUAUUCGUUUCUACUACCACGAAUAAUCUCUACCAUGGAAUUGUUGCCAGACAUCAAGAAUCCGAAACCUGUCCACUACUGAUAUUUAAAAGAGUUCAGUUCUACGCCAUGGACAUCGCUACUAACUCUGACUAUUUGUUCAUUGUCAAUGAUGCUGGACAGGUCCUUAGAAUAGAUCCAAGUGAUAUGACGCUUGUCGAAACCAUCACUCUGAGAGAAGAGCCUAAAUCUUGUAGUCAUGGCUACAAAGCGGAUAAUGAAUCUGUAAAAGUAAAAUCGCUUGCAGUCAGCGACAAUGCAAUGUUAUUCAUUGCCGAAAAUGGACAACUCUGGGCCAAUGGAGACCAGCCACAAAUUGACAUUAAGACAUCUGAACCUAAGAAGGUAACGUUUUUUGAUGGUCGGAUUGUAUCCAGUGUAGCAUGUGGAGCAAACUUCAAUGUUGCGCUUGUCAGAAAAAUUCUAAGGACAAUGAAAGAUGAUACCGAUAGUGAAAAUGACCUAGAGGAAGAAGUCUUUGUCAGUUCUUGUCCCCACUGUGUAAGUGACGUAAUGUUAAGUCCAGUUAGUCAACCAUCAACGGACACUUGUCCAUUGGGACUUCAUGUGAGACAAUCGAGUGAAGAUCGCUCUACAAAUUCCACCAGUGCCCCUUCAUCGGCUAGCAAAGAUCACGACAAUGCUUUGCUCCUUGAUGACGAAAAGCGAUUCGAUGACCAUUCAAAAACUCUGACAAACGGUGAGAAUGUCUCUGAUGGUUUGCCCAUCGAACUACAACGAGAAGAGAAGAAGAAUGUGAUUUUUAUAAACACAGAAGCUGCCAGGCAAUUCUUAACCAGGCAAUUAUCUUGGGUGUCUUCGUAUGGAAAUGCUGGUGAGGAACUGCUAGCCGAAUGCGCUGACAGGCCAACAAGAAUAAUAAAACAAAAUGUGUCAAAUAUGGCGAGUCUUGUUUAUGAAGGGGUAAAAACUGUUGGUGAUAAAGUCGUCACGUUAUCCAGACACAUGAGCGGCAGUUCGGACAACAAUGAGCCGCAAGAUAGUGGUCAGGAUGGUUUGGAAGAUGGCGUCACCGGAGAUACUAAGCCCACAGCUACUAGUUUGGCAAACAGUCUUCGCUGUGAAGAGUUUCCAUGGUCAUCAAGUGCUGGCACUUCGGAGCGUGAACUGUCCGAACAGGGAUUGAACGAAAGAAUAAAUACACUAGUCCGUGCUGGCAAUAGUUUGCUUUCUACCGAACUUUGGACUUGGGGCGACAUUCAAUAUGGACAACUUGGCACUGGGGAUACCACUAAGAGGCCAAGACCAAUUUUGAUUGAAAAGUUUCAUAAUUUAGGGGUCAAAAAAAUUGUAUGUGGCAAUUACCAUGUACUUGCUCUGACGCUUGAUGGACGAGCCUAUGCUUGGGGGAGGAAUAAUUCAUUCCAAGUCACACCUCAGUCACCGACGGAUCAGAGCUCUCCCAGAUUGUUUAGCUGCGGUCCAAUUUCGUCCCAGCCUGAGAGAGUCAGAGAUAUGGCUGCCGGAGAAAACCAUACUUUAAUUAUGACCUCCUCAGGAUUACAAUUGAUGGGAAAAUAUAGCCUUGGAAAAACAGGAGAAAUUAUACAACUAAAAAUCCCAGAUGCUGUAGGAUACAGUGCAAAGCAAAUCUUAAGUUCAGGAUCUUAUAGUUGUUGUACUAUAAUAAAUCAGCCAGCUUGUGAUAUCUCAUCAGAGCUUACGAAUGAACAAAUAUUUCUCGAAGAAAUGCUAAUGGUUUAUCAGAAUUUAAUAAAACCAUUUCAAAAGAAAGGGGGUGCAACUCAGGAGUCCAAUGUGUAUGAAACAUUGUGUCAGUGCUACACGGAGCUGAUUAGUUUCACAUCUUUGAACGUUCUCAGUUUGUGGGAUUAUUAUGACCAUAACGGAGAAGCCUAUGAAGUUGUAAUAGUUGCAAGCAUUGAGGAGUACAUAACAGUUUACAAACAUUAUCUAAAUGCAAUAUGUGAUGUCGUAUCUUUGGGUGGUUUUACACACAUAGCCAGAAUAAUCGACGUACCACAAAUUUUGACUAGUUUAUUCAUGGACAAAGUUAAAGGAAGUAAAUCAAAAAAAGCUAACAACGAAGCAAUAAUAGCACUAUCUUUACAACAUCCUUUAAACAGACUGAACAGGUAUAAAGCAAUGGUACACAGUCUAAUAAGGAUCAACGGACCUAAACUAGGAAUAGAAAGGCUCCAAGAAGCACUUGGUAAAUGGGAGCAAAUAUGUGAUGAGCAAGAAAGGCGGCUAAAAGAAGCUGAGACUACUAAACAGUUUUGGGAAAGCUCGGGUAAAUUAGUUGAACUGUUGAGAUCUCCAGAUAGAAGAUUAAUCAGAGAAUCUAGAAGUCAUCCAAUAUCGGUAUUAAAUUGCGGAAGAUUUUCUACCCACUGGUUCGUACUGUUGACCGAUAUAUUGAUCCAUGUCAAUGGAACAUCACACACUGUUCAUCCGUUGCCUACACUAUGGGUGGAACCUCUACAGGAUACUGAUACAGUCCAGCAUGUUGCAUGGAAAAAGUUGACGAGAAAAGGAUUUGUAUCGAAUGCACUAUCUGUAACAACACCGGAAGAUAGUCUAGUAUUGUAUACACCAACACCUGCCGAACGUACAGAAUGGCUUCAGGCUUUACAAACUGCAAUAAAACGCAGCCUUCUACGAGUGGUGGGACAUGUUCCACCCUUAGUCCGAUCAAGCUCAUUUUCAUUCACAAAGCACAGUCUUUACAAAGAUGCCAAGUAUACCGGUCGUUGGUUGAAUGGCAAACCCCAUGGAACUGGAAAGUUAGAGUGGAGUGAUGGACGGAUGUAUGUAGGACACUUUCAUCGAGGAAUUAUGCAUGGUACUGGGAAAAUGGAAAUACCUACCCAAGGAAUAUAUGAAGGACAAUGGAAAGACGGCCAACAAAAUGGUUAUGGUACAAUGAAGUAUAUUAAUGGAGAUAUUUAUGAGGGAUACUUCAAGGAUAGCUUACCGCAUGGACACGGUAUAAAAAAAGAGGGCCAUUUCAUGGCAUCCGUUGCAUCUAUAUACAUCGGUGAAUGGAUUGCUGGCUUGAAACAGGGAUAUGGCGUUAUGGAUGAUAUUACAACUGGUGAAAAGUAUCUAGGGUUUUGGAAUAACAAUAUGAAACAUGGAUGUGGCUUGAUCGUGACAUUGGACGGGAUUUAUUAUGAAGGAGUAUUCAUGCAAGAUAUUUUGACAGGUCACGGCGUGAUGAUAUUUGAAGAUGGCACUCAUUACGAAGGAGAAUUUAGAUCUGCUGGUGUUUUCAGUGGCAAAGGCACACUAACUUUUAGUAGCGGUGAUAGAAUAGAAGGCAACAUGAAUGGGGCUUGGAACGAAGGUGUAAAAAUCACAGCUACGUUGCACAUGAAUGUCGCCAAUUGCAGCUCCCAUGUAAAUGCCAAACCAACAUCUUUUGGCAAACUGUGCGUACCACCAGAUCAAAAGUGGAAAGCAAUAUUUAGGCAAUGUUACCAACAACUUGGGGUUUCUGAACCAGGCUCCAAGAAUAACUCUACAGCCACUAAGAUUGGAGAAACUCAAAGAGUUUGGCAGAAUGUUGCAGUUGUUAUAACAAAUUCACAUCAAGAUACUAUACAACGAAGAAAGGACAUUGCGAGAGACUUGAACAGUAGUAGCACUAGUUGCAGGCACAAAGACCGCAGUAAUAUCAAUCAGUUGGAGAAAAUACCGCAAUUUGGAUGGGAUAGUCUGACUCUGAAAACCUACGACGAAGUGCAUGAUUAUUUGAUAAAAGCAUUUGAAAGUUUACAUCAUCCUCUUGGUACAUUAUUGACUGAAGUGGCAGCAGCAUACACAGCUACUUACGGAGGCGUUAGAGUACAUCCUUUAUUGCUAAGUCAUGCAGUUGCUGAGUUACAUAGCAUUACCUCGAGGAUCUACUACGUGGUUACUUUAUUAUUUCCCGCUUUACCACCCGGAGGUCAAGAGCUUGUACUAGAAACAGAAGACACAGAAGAAAGCAAAGUUGUGAGUGCCGCUGCUAUUCUUCACCCUAUACUUUUACCUCGUGUACAUUCGGCCCUUUUUGUAUUAUAUGCAUUGCAUAACAAAAAAGAAGAUGAUGCUUAUUGGAAAAGAUUAAUGAAGUGGAACAAACAACCAGAUAUCACUUUAAUGGCGUUUCUCGGCAUAGACCCGAAAUUUUGGAAGAGUGCUACUACCAAUCAUAUUGGUGAACAUCCACUGCCUAAUGAUGCAGAGCAAUUAUUUGGGGAUGCUGUUGAAACUUUGCAACAACUAAAAACGACUUUUUCUCCGCUUGAGAAGUUACUUGUCAUUAGAAACACAUUCGAACAGAUGACCCAAGUCGUUCAAAGACAGCUAGGCUCCACGUACCUAUGGACAAUGGAUGAAUUGUUUCCAGUUUUUCAUUUUGUUGUUGUACGAGCUCGUGUUUUACAACUUGGUAGUGAAAUCAACUUUAUCGAAGACUUUAUGGAGCCUUACUUACAAAAUGGCGAACUUGGGAUCAUGUUCACCACACUAAAGGCUUGCUACUACCAAAUUCUUCAAGAAAAAAUGAGUAUGAGUAAUUGAAUGCUAGGAAGUACGUAAU